AUGCCGUCCGCCAGAGAGCGGUCACUCCGUCAAUUGACAGGUGCUAACGAUUCGCCCAGGAAGCUUAGUUUCACCACCAUCAAAGAAGCUAGAGCCAAGCUCCGCUCCACCGCGACCAUCGCCGGCCAUGCCAUCAAGACCUUCGUCCGACCGAUCACCGCCCUCAUGGUCGAAGAGAAGACUCAGCCAAGAGCGGCCGCAACCAACCGCUUCCCUUCUUCGAGCCCACCCCUCGCACGCUCCAACUCUCUUCCCAGUCUGAGCGUCAAGCUGAUCAAAGAUGUCACCGCCAAAGCGAAGACCGCGGGCGAGAAGAUGCGACAUUCGACUUCCUUCGAGGGACUGGGCCAGCGACAACUCGUCAAAGAUGCUACGAGCACACUCAAAGCCACGGGCCAGCGCUUCCGAAACUCGACUUCCUUCGAAGGACUCCGCGAGAAAUUCGUCGGCCUCGGUCUCAAUCCCAUGAAAUCCAUCCAAGAAGAAGAGCAAGACCUCCGACCCUGCCAAAAAGCCUACCUCCGCAGCCAGAACCGUUCCACGACGACCCGCUCAACCAGCAUCACCACCUCCCCCCACCGUGAACUGAUGAGCAUGUCCGAACUCCACUCCGACGCCCAGCGCGCAUCCUUCCCCCGCCGCUCCACCACCACGACAACUCCCCCACGACGCCUUCCAAUCGACCGCACCUCCAUCACCACCCUCGCCAUCUCCCCCCCAAACCCCACCCCAGCCGCCAUCCUCCUCCACCACCACAACACCCAAACCCUAGCCCUCCUCUCCAUCCUCCAAACCCUCCGCCACAGCGUCGGAGUCCCCUUCCUCACCCUCUCCCCCACCCUAAGCGCCGAAUCCCUCACCCUAGCCCGGCACUGCAUCGACUGGCAGACGCCCACGCAGCGCGCCCGUCCACAGCGAACGAUCGUGCGCGUCGUGAAUUCCAUGCGCUUAGUCGUCUUCGUCGGACCGGCGGGUGUGUCCGCGGGAGAGACGGGGAAAUUGUGGAGAGAUCAUCCGGAGGGGAUCGGAGCGAUUUUGGAGAUGGCGUGGUUCACGGUGAUGGGUCUGGGUCAGAGGGAGGGGAGGUGGGUUGUGGUUUUGAUGUUGGAUGAGGAGGAUUUGUGGAGGGGGUUGAGGGAGAGGGAGCCCAGGUUUACUUUGGAGGAGUUGCCUUAUGAGGAGGGGGAGGAGGAGGAGGAUUAG